UAGGCGUGUAGCAUUAGAUAGCAUAACUAGUUUUCAUAUUUUGAACUAUAGGAGAACUAGUUGCCUUAUAAACCCUUUGGAGUGGAGAGAAUUGAGCAAUGUGGGACUCAAAAGUCCCUAGAAGACCUGCAGCAGCUGCUGGACGGACUACACCCUCAAAAGUCCCACAUCUCCUAGAUCUUGCAUCUUAGCUCACUCCAAAGGUUAUAUAAGAAGGCUUAGGGGUCUCCUUUUUGUACACCUUACCUUGAUUCAAUGAAUUUGAGUUGAUUUGCACUUUUGCAAUCCUCUUUGAGAUAGAAUUCUGUCUCUAAAGUCCCAAAUUUGGGCAGACCUUAUCUUGUUCAAGCAAGUGGCGGUCCUCCUCUUGAUGCUUAUCUUGGAAGCUUGUUCAAGUGGCGCAUCUUCAAUUCCUAAGUUUCCUUUUCCUUAAUCUCUUCCAUUUUUAAUUUCUUUCCCAUUCUCUUAAAUGUCAUUUAGUAUAUUCUCUCUAGGUAUGCACUUCCCCAUCAUGUGGUAUCAGAGCCUUAGGUUUUUGAUCUCUUAGGAAUUGCAUGCUAGAGUAGAAUAGCUUAGAUAUGUUCAUUUUCGCUGAGCCAUUUUCUGUCUCGCCCAGCCUCUGCGUGAAAAUACAGUAAACUUGUAUGAUUUAGUUUAGCUUCAUUUCUUGUCCGUUUUCCAUGAAAUAUUUUUUCCUACUUUCGUCUGGAUGUCUAGUUUCAUGAAUAUAUUUUACUUUUCUCAAAUUCGUUCUGUACUGUUCCCAGUAAAUUUUUUUCUCCACUGUGUUCAUCCAGUUUUCUGCUGUUGAAUUAAUACUCCACUGUUUUGCUUUGUUGUUGGCUGUUUGGACAUUUUGGUGGCUGGAAUUGCUCCCUGGACGUUGCUACACCCUCUCAAUACUCUUAAGCAAGGAAUCAACACUUCAAAUCAAUGCUUUGAGGGACUAAACCGUGACUGUCCAGAGCCUUGUGCAAGUAGACAUUUCAUCAAACAGCAACAAUGCUAUUGGAGGUCUUCAACAAUUUUUUGUGGUUGUUGCCUUACCAUGUCUGCAGGUUCCAGCCGUGCUUCAUUUCAUGGCGAUAGCCCCCAUGGAAGUCCUUCUAGCAAGUUUGAUGUGAUGCAGGCUUUCCAACAAAUGCAACAUCAACUUGAUGCUAUGAGCAAGCGGUUAGACGCGGACACAAAGGCUAAAGGGAAGCAAUCUCAUGGUCAUGAGCAUGGUUCAUCCAAGAAAAAGCAAGAAGACAAAGCUUUGGAUCCCAACCUUGCAAUGCCAAAGUUGUCUUUGCCAAGUUUCAAGGGAGAUACCGAUCCUAGUGUAUUUUUAGAGUGGAUAGCUAAAGUAGAACAAGUUUUUAGUUUGUAUGAUGUAGAUGGACAUUUGCGUGUAAAGUUAGCUACUUUAGCUUUAGAGGGAUACGCCAUGCAAUGGCUAACUAGGAUGAACAUUACCAGGGGCUCACCCGCGAGCUCUUGGGAACAUUUUCGGUGCUUGUUGUACCAGCGAUUCGUACCUCCAUACUACCAUAGGGACCUCCUGAUUAAGCUCCAACGGCUUACUCAGGGUAGACGAAGUGUGGAGGAAUAUGCGCGUGAGCUCGAAGUGCUCUUAUACCAUACUAACACUAAUGAGACUGACCACGCGAAAAUAGUUAGAUUUAUUAGCGGUCUCAAUAGAAACAUCCAAGAUGUUGUAGAGCUCCAUGAUGAUGAGGAUUUAGAUGUUGUGGUACAUCGGGCUAUGAAAGUAGAGAGACAAAUUUUAAGAAAAGAAUCCUACCGCAACAAAUUUUCCACUUCUUCAAAAGAUAAUUUUUACAAAACCUCAUCAUCAAGGGACAAAGAAAAGGAUGUUUCUAGAGAGAUUCCUCAUAAAUCUCGGCCAUCUUCUACUAACCCCGCGCCUUCUUCUUCUAAACCUAAGUCACCAACGCGACCUAGUCAAGUCAAAUGUUUUAAGUGCUUAGGUCAUGGUCACAUUGCAUCUGCAUGCCCAAACAAGAGGGCAAUGUGCAUUAGGGGAGAAGAGGUUAUCACCGAUGACUCUCCUCCUUCUUCACCUUCACACACUUCUCACUCUUCUUCUUCCUCUAGUGAAGAUGAGUACAAGGUUCCAUUUGAUGGCGACCUACUAGUUAUAAGACGUCUCUUGGGUCAAGUCCACACGGACUUUGACACCACUCAAAGAGAAAAUAUUUUUCACACUAGAUGUCUUAUAGCUAGCAAGGUUUGCUCCAUGAUCAUAGACGGGGGAAGUUGCACUAAUGUAGCUAGCACACGUGUAGUGGAAAAGCUCAAGCUACCCACUAUUGCGCAUGCCAAGCCAUACAAACUUCAAUGGUUAAGUGAGGAGGGUGAAAUCUUGGUCAAUAAGCAAGUCCAUAUUUCCUUUUCUAUUGGCAAGUAUCAAGAUGAGGUUCCUUGUGAUGUUGUACCCAUGGAAGCUACUCACAUUCUAUUAGGACGACCAUGGCAAUUUGAUAGAAAUGUUCAACAUGAUGGUCUUACUAAUAGGAUGACAUUCACUUACCAAGGGCGCAAGGUCAUAUUAAAACCUCUCACUCCAAAGGAAAUACAUGAGGACCACCUCAUCAUGAAGUCCAAGAGAGGUGAAGAAAAGGAGAAGGUCAAGAAUAAUCUCCUCAUCUCUCAUAAAGAGAGGAAUUGA